AUGACUGCACAACACAUGAUGGCCCUUUUCUGGGGAGUAUGCUUGUUGAUUUUAAGACAGAUGACAUACGGCGAGGCCAGCGUCCCUGAGAACCUGGACAAGAGCAUCGACGAGCUUAAAGUGCACUAUAUUAAAGAUGACAGUGAGCUACACAAUGCACAUCCUGUCUUCCUACGUUUCCUAAAAGACAUAAAGGUGACUCUUGAGGAACCUGAGCAGAAUCUUUUGAUGAGCAUCAUAAUGGACACAUACAGUAGGAUAUUCACUCGCAUGCAGAAGGAUAGUAAGGACAAACCUACAAAAGAAAGACUGGCACAUGUUCAAGAGCAUUUGAAAAAACUGCAAGAAAACUACUUCCCAGGCAAAAGUGCAGAGCUCAAGACGUAUGCAGAAACCCUUUGGUCGAUCAAGGAAGAUGACCCAGUCGUCCAGCACAAAGCAUUGUUCGAGCUGAAGCGUGUCUACAGAGAAGCAACACAGCUGAGAAACCUGAAGAACAAAGAGCGCAGGAGACGACAAACCAAAAUCACAAGAAGCAAAAGUCUUAAUAAAUCUUGAUCACCAUUUAAAAGAAUGGUGGAAUA